UCCAGACCAAUGGCCACAGCCCAGCCCCCACCCUGGCUCCGUGUAUAUAAAGGGAUCCUGGGGGUCGAGCACCACAGAGACCUGUCCUAAGCACGCCCAGCUCAGCUACCACCAUGUCUCUGACCAAGGCAGAGAGGACCAUCAUCCUGUCCAUGUGGGACAAGAUCUCCACUCAGGAGGAUGCCAUUGGCACUGAGGUCCUGGAGAGGCUCUUCACCAGCUACCCGCAGACCAAGACCUACUUCCCGCACUUCGACCUGCGCCCCGGCUCCGUGCACCUGCGCGUGCACGGUGCCAAGGUGGUGGCCGCCCUGGGCGAUGCGGUCAAGAGCAUCGACAACGUCGCGGGCGCCCUGGCCAAGCUGAGCGAGCUGCACGCCUACAUUCUGCGCGUGGACCCCGUCAACUUCAAGCUCCUGUCCCACUGUCUGCUGGUCACCGUGGCCUCGCACUUCCCCGCCGACUUCACGGCCGACGCCCACACCGCCUGGGACAAGUUCCUGUCCAUCGUGUCCUGCGUCCUGACCGAGAAGUACCGCUGAGCGCAGCCGCCCUACGGAGGGCGGGCUUUCCCGAACCCUCCAGCAUCCCUCCGACAGGCCAAUAAACGAAUGCAAGUCCACCUCGCCUCUGUAGUCCCUGGGGCCAUCGCGGGGGGCGGCAGAGGCGUGGGGGGGGGGGAUGGCGGGGCUGCACCGGGUCACCAGGAGGGCUGCGGGAAUCCUUUGCGCUGACCCCAGGGUCUCUCAGAGCGCAGCUCAAGAGACAGGGUGUGUGGGGCGGGGGCACACGGAAUCCGAUGGGGUGGCAGAAAGGGCGCCCCUCAGCCAUUACUUCUAGGGUCAGCGCUG